GCGGGGCCACGGCGUUCGCGGGUUCUUAUUAACCCCCGCGCCCAGCCGCCAUCCUCAUCUUCAUCUUCAUCUUCAUCUUCCUCCUCGCCGGUGUGCAGCGCCGCAGCGCGGGUGGGCGGUGGCGGCGGAGUGAGCUUUGAAGAGGGUUCCAGUCUUGUGACCCACAGUACUUGGCCUCCUGAAGAAAGUCCAAUCUACUGUGCCAUCACCUUCACCAAAGAACAUGGAGAAGUUGAUACUGGAAAGGCCUGUUUCUGUGUCUGAGGAGAAGCCAGAUACAAACUCAUGCCCUCAUGCACCUGGCAAAUAUUUUCUCCCUGGUGGGAUGGACAGUGAGAACUGCAAGGCUAAUGAGAAGGAAAUGGAGUGGAUCCGCCCUGAUACACCUAGCAAAUGCACGUGGAAGCUUGGGAAACCCCUCUCUGCCUCCCCACAUCAUCAUACCACUCUGCCAAAGCCUCUGAAAAUCAUGCCAAGCAUCCUGAAUAAAGUUGGCGAUACACCCUUGGUGCGAAUCAACAAGAUUGGGAAGCAGUAUGGGCUCAAGUGUGAACUCUUGGCAAAAUGUGAGUUCUUCAAUGCUGGGGGCAGUGUUAAGGACCGCAUCAGCCUGAGGAUGGUAGAGGAUGCUGAGAAGGCUGGGAUCUUGAAGCCUGGGGACACAAUCAUAGAGCCAACCUCUGGAAACACAGGAAUUGGACUGGCCUUGGCUGCAGCAGUGAAGGGUUACCGCUGUAUCAUUGUGAUGCCAGAGAAAAUGAGUAUGGAGAAGGUGGAUGUUCUGAGAGCUCUGGGUGCUGAGAUUGUGAGGACCCCAACUACUGCCAGAUUUGAUUCUCCUGAAUCUCACGUGGGAGUAGCAUGGAGACUGAAAAACGAAAUCCCCAAUGCACAUAUACUAGACCAGUACCGUAAUGCCAGCAACCCACUGGCGCACUAUGACACCACAGCUGAAGAGAUCCUGCAGCAGUGCGAAGGGAAGAUAGACAUGCUGGUGGCUGGAGCUGGCACAGGAGGUACUAUCACUGGCAUCUCCAGAAAGCUAAAGGAGAAGUGUCCAGAUUGCAAAAUUAUAGGUGUUGAUCCUGAAGGCUCCAUCCUUGCUACACCAGAAGAACUGAACAAGACUGACAAGACAAUGUAUGAAGUGGAAGGAAUUGGAUAUGAUUUUGUCCCCACAGUGUUGGAUAGAUCUGCUGUGGACCAGUGGUACAAGAGCAAUGAUGAGGAGUCGUUUGCUUUCGCACGCAUGCUGAUCCGAGAGGAAGGACUGCUGUGUGGUGGCAGCUCGGGCAGUGCCAUGUCUGUAGCUGUGAAGGCAGCCAAAGAGCUGAAGGAAGGGCAGCGCUGUGUUGUCAUCCUCCCUGACUCUGUCAGGAACUACAUGUCCAAGUUCUUGAGUGACAAAUGGAUGUUUCAGAAAGGGUUCAUGAAAGAAGAAGACCUUGUCAAAAAACCUUGGUGGUGGAACAUCAGUGUUCAGGAACUAAGCCUCUCUGCUCCCCUGACUGUGCUUCCAACUGUUACCUGUGCAAAGACUGUUGAAAUUCUCCGGGAGAAGGGAUUCGACCAGGUACCAGUUGUUGAUGAAUCUGGGGUGAUUUUGGGCAUGGUUACCCUGGGUAACAUGCUUUCUUCACUGCUUGCUGGAAAAGUUCAGCCUUCUGACGAAGUCCGCAAAGUAAUCUACAAGCAAUUUAAACAGAUUAACCUGAAGGACAACUUGGGUAAACUCUCUCAUAUCCUGGAAAUAGACCACUUUGCUCUAGUGGUUCAUGAACAAAUUCAAUAUCACACUGACGGUUUCGCCACUAAGCGGCAAAUGGUGUUUGGCAUCGUUACAGCCAUCGACCUGCUUAACUUUGUGACUGCACGAGAACGGGAAAGGAAGUCCAGCUAAAGUCAAGUAACAAUGUGGAGCCUCUUCAACAACAUUUCACAAUCUCCAACAAAAAAUCAGGUUUAUUUCUUAAGUAGAAUGGUCUGUCCUUAGGUUGUUGAGGUUUUUUAUUUUGUUUGUUUGUUUUAAAAUCUGAAAAUAAGCAGUUAGCUAUCCUGGUGUCAGCUACACAGCCAGUGCAUUUUGCUGUAUUGGAAAGCUUCAGUGGACUUGUUUCUUAAUCAGGUUACACAAUAUUUCUUAUUGAGACAAUUUAUUUUUUUACCUAUAGAUUAUAUAUAUAAAUGUAAAAAUAUUGCCUAAAUUAACUGGUAUGUUCCUUACUUGUUAUGUCUAAAGUCUGGCUUUCCAAAACAUUGUUUCAGAUUCAUAAAAUGUGUUGAAAUAAAGUGUUACUGAAGCAGAGGCGCAAGAGA